UACAAAAAGAAAAAAGCAUGGAGUAAUUCAAGAGGAGAAAUAAAGGAAUUGUAAUAAGUUUGGGAUGCACAACGAAUAAAGAAAAAGGGGAGUGUAAUAAGAGAAGCAAAUGAGAUCGCCGUGCUGAAGCACAGCCAUUGGAAUCAACUCAAUAUAACCAUGUUGCGAAGGUCCAUCCUGCGACUUUCGGCUGGUCAUUCAGUAAAAAGAAUUCCAAUGGAGGUUACAACACAGGUACCUUCCUAUCUUUUUUCCCGAAGAGAGUUCUCAGUCUCACCUAAACAAAAUGGGCAACCACGGGGGCCAGGUUCAACUGGCAAGCCCACAGAAACAGGGAGUCUCUUGCCGAGAUUCAUUAUCGGAACUUUUGCUUUAAGUGCUGGGUUCGUUGCAGCUUAUCAAACUGGAUAUUUAGAUAAGUAUCUUAUUAAAGAGCCCUAUUCUACCCCUGAAUUAGCCAGGGAAGGAACUGGCACUCAAGAUGUGAAGGAGCUAAAGGAAAGUAGUGAAGUCUCACUAGAUAGUGAAACUUUAGGAAGACCAGAUGUUGAGUCUGAUAGUCUGGAGCAAACAGACGAGAGCAUUGGAACUCGACAAGAUCUCUCUGGACCAGAAGAGCCAAGCAAAACGGGAUCAGAAAGUCAAUUACAGGUAAAAGAUUCAUCAGAGAUUACUGGCGGAGAAGCCAACUAUACUGAAGUAAAAGAAUUAUCACCCAGCUCCCAUCAGGAAAGUGUGACACCUGAUGAAGCAAGACUUAGUUCUACUCAGUCACCUGAAGACACUUUGGACGUGAAGAGCCCAGAGGUAACUACUGAUGCAGUGCAGUCUGAGGCAAUUGAAAUCACGCCAACCCUUACGCAGGCUGAUACACUUCAGAAUGAAAAGGAGGCUAGUACCAUGUCUCCAGAUCAUGUAACCAGUCGAGACAAGAUGGAGGAUGCUCCUCAUCAUGAUGAAAAACCUAGUUCCCUCCUUGAUGAAUACUAUUUGAGAAAUGGGGGUGGAGCUACCCCUACAACCUCCUCUGACAAGCACAAGGUUGUUGAAGAUCAGGAUGAUGCCUACAUAACAAAGGAUGGAAAACUGGUGCUUGAUUUCUUACAAGCUCUUCAUGAAGCUGAGAGGAGACAAGCAGAGAUAGAUGCUCGCUUAUUUGCUGAAGAAAAGAAAUAUAUAAAGGAGAGAUAUGAAAAGGAACUUAAGGAUGCCAGGGCCAGGGAACUUAUGUAUGCUGAACGUGAGGCUUUACUGGAUAAGGAACUGAAAAAAGAAAGAGCAAAAGCCAUCGCAGCUUUGAAAUCACUUAAAGAAAAAUUAGAAGAAGAACACAAGACAGAGCUUGAGGAAAAGGAAGCUGAAGCAGAACUAAAGUUGAAAAAAGCCCAGGAGUUAGCUAAAGCAGAAUUGGAUGCAGCUAUCGCAAGUGAGAAAGCAUCUCAAAUUGAAAAAAUGGCUGAAGCCAAUCUCCAUAUAAAUGCUCUGUGCAUGGCAUUUUAUGCACGGUCUGAAGAGGCUCGCCAGAGUCAUUCUGUUCACAAGCUUGCUCUGGGGGUGCUUGCUCUGGAAGAUGCACUGUCCAGGGGGUUACCAAUUCAAAAAGAAAUAGAAGUUCUUCACACUUCUCUUGAAGGGAUAGAUAACAACUCACUGGUGGAGUUGGUUCUAUCUUCUCUUCCAGAAGAAACACGGAAAUAUGGUUCAGAUACUGUGUUACAACUGAAUCAUAAGUUUGAUACAUUAAAGGGGACACUUCGGCACUUUAGCCUGAUUCCUCCAGGUGGUGGUGGGAUCUUGACGCAUUCUUUGGCUAGUGUUGCAUCCUGGUUAAAGGUUAGGGAGGCUGACCAGUCUGGUGAUGGAAUUGAAUCCCUCAUAAACAGAGUUGAGAGUUUCUUGGCUCAGGGAAAGUUAUCAGAAGCUGCUGAUGUGCUUGAGAAGGGUUUAAAGGACACUCACGCAGCAGCAGUCGUCGAUGAUUGGGUUAAGCGUGCUAGGAACAGAGCUAUAACCGAGCAAGCACUAACCUUGCUGCAAUCUUAUGCCACCACUAUUAGCAUAACUUGAAAGGGUGAUCCAUUAUAGCAUCAAGGUCCAGUUUAUCUGCAGCCUACAAAAAAUGCUCAAGAAUGGCUUUUUGGUGAUUAAAUGUUGAGAUUUUCAAUGAUUGCGACACAAUCCCUUUUUUCAUCUUGUUGCAAUCCAAGUAGCUAUGCCUUUCUUGAUCCGGGAAUAAUUUCAUUGAUAGAUACAUCACUAUUGAGCAGUAUUGUUGUACAACGGGCUACUUCUGUUAUUAUUUCUUUUAGAUCAACCAUGAAAAGGAUGUCCAGCUGGAGUGACCAUUGAAUUUUCUACUUCGCAUGAACUAUCCUGUUAGCUGCUGUUACCUUGUUUGGCAUGUAUAAUAAAGGCAGCUCAGACAACUGGAUAACUUAUUUUGGUAGUUUCCUAAGCGUAUUGAAUUUGAAAGAGCUCAGCCAAGCAUUGAUGGGUUUUCUUCUGGUCGAGGAUAAGUGGACAUAAUUCACCACGGAACAAACAAUGUUGAAAUUUCUUAAGAAACUUUUAUUAUGUAUGUAUAUCUUAAGCUGAAUUCAUUAUGAGAUACGUAAAGACAUUGAAGUUUCGUUUGGA